AUGCAAGCUGAUGCUCCUCGUCCUUAUAAGUGUACCAUCUGUGGUAAAGCAUUUUACCGUUUGGAACAUCAAACUCGUCACAUUCGUACUCAUACAGGAGAAAAACCACAUCGUUGUGAAUUUCCUGGUUGUGAAAAAAGAUUUUCUCGAUCGGAUGAAUUAACACGUCAUAGACAAUUUAAAAAUACUCCACCUCCACCAGCUCUUGUUCCUUUACAAUUUGAAAUUUUACACUUAUUUUUUAAUGGAGGAGGUGGUUUUCGUACUCGUAGUAAUAGUGGUAGUUCUACAAUUAGUAGCUCCAGUAGUUGCUCAAAAACUGAAAUGGUUAUUACUCCCAAACAUUCUCCAUGUUUAGGCCCUCGUAUAGUUAGUCCAGUUGAUUGUUUUACUAUUAAUCCUUUAAAUACCAUAAGUCCUAUUAAUGGUUCUAUUAAUAAUAGUUCUAUUAAUAAUUCUAUUAAUUCUAAUCUAAUUCCAAGUUUUUAUGGAAUGACACCUCCUUUCGUUAGGUAUUCGUAG